UUGAUAAAUUCAAUGGUUUAAGUGUUCUCACAGGUGAUAUCGAAUUUGUUAAGGAAUUACACACACCAUUGCUCACCAAUCCGUAUCAGUGCUUGUUUGAUGAACAAGAUCUCAUUGGAGUUAAUCUCAACUGGUUGGGCGAGCCACACCCGUGGAAAGAAAAGGACCCUUCUAUCGCUCAGGUGUUUACUCCAUCUUGGUGCUUUGUGCUGGACGGUCACAACGUUUACUAAGGACAUUUAAUUUGUUCUCAAGGUUUCUACCAUGACGAUUUGGAUUGCACUUCUUCUUGCGACUUUCGCAGUGGGUGCCUCAGCUCAAUGCAAAUGUGAAAGUAUGAAGUGGGCUACAUGCGAUGGCACCCCUUGCCAGUGUAGCAUUAUGGUUGACACUGGUAUAACACAAAACCUGGACUGCUCUACAUUGAUCCCCAAAUGCUACCUGAUGAAGGCAGAGAUGUACCGUGCUAAGAACAACCUGUCCACUCGUACUGGAGGAAAGCCAGUCGAGACCGCCUUUGUGGACAAUGAUGGUAUCUAUGACCCUAUCUGUGAGGCCACUGGUGCCUUCCAUGCCAAACAGUGCAACAACACUGAGGAGUGUUGGUGUGUCAACAGUGCUGGUGUGCGCAGAACUGACAAGGGAGACAAGAACCUAAAGUGUGAGAAGCUUGUGGAGACCUAUUGGGUUCGCCUGGAGCUCAAGCACAAGGAAGUGAGCAAAGCCGUGGACACUUCUAAGUUGCAGGCUGCCAUUGCAAAUGCCAUGGAGACCCGUUACAGCUUUGACAAGACCCUCGUGAAGGAGGUGCAGUAUGACCCCGACGCUCGCAUCCUCAUCGUUGAUGUCCAGAAGGUGAAGGGAGACCGCAAAGCCGACCUAUCGCGUAUGGCCUACUACAUGGAGAAAGACGUCAAGGUGCUGCCCCUGUUCGCGAACCAAGAAAAGUUUGCACCCACUGUGGACGGUCAGAAGCUGGAGAUGGAGGACAUCUUGGUGUACUAUGUGGACGAGGAGGCCCCCACCUUCACCAUGAAGAGGCUGACCGGGGGCAUUAUCGCAGUCAUCGUGGUGGUCAUCCUGGCUGUGGUCGCCGGACUGCUGGUCCUUUUCUUUGCGAGGAAGCGAGAGCAGAAGUACAGCAAGGCAGAGCCCAGAGAGAUGGAGGCCCUGUAGACAACCCUUCACCAGUCGGUUCUACGCUGGAAUAUUAACAGCUUGUAUAUAGCCCUUUAACAAAACAUUGUUUGCAAUUGUCCUGUUUUUAAUAUUGUUACUUGAGGGAUGCCGUUUGUAAAGGACUGGUCUUUUUAUUUGGCACUGUUACUACCACAAGCAUGUUUGUAUAUAAACUGUUGUCAUUUAAAUCCUCAUGUCUGUAAAAUGGCAAAGCUACAGUGCUUCAGAAACACAGGAUACAUGUCCAGGUUGAUUUAAAUGAAUUGUUUUUAUUAAAUGAAGUCUGAAUGCUGCAGACUGUACAGUUUCAUAUGCAUUGUCUAUUAAUAAAGUGUUUUAAAAUGUA